GGGGAAGGCCACCUAAAUUACGGGCCAAAAGCCCCGAAGCUUCGGUUGCAGGUAAGGAGCAAAGUGGAGACAUGGUUGCUACAAACGAGAUGGUUGUGAAAGAUUGCAUAACAAGUGAAGUAGAAUUGGCCGCAAUCACGGCGGUGCGGUCUGCUAGGAUAAAGGGCUCACUUCUCGGUAAUGAAUAUCUGAAGCUUGUUGGGGAUGAUAAGAAGCUUCCAGAUGGUCUCAUGAAGCAAAAAACCAAUAAAAUGAAAACUCCCCCUGCAAGAAAAGAUAAACUAUCAAGUGAAAAAGUUGUGCAAGAGUCAAGUAGGCAACGUGAGAAGUACUCGUCAAUGAGGAGUAGAAGAAGAAGAGCUGGCGUAAAUAUUGAAUCUCCAUUUCAAGAUUCUCAAGACGAUUCCAGAGGGGAAAAAACAACUGAAGAUUUUGGAACAGAUUUUGUAACAGAGGGAGUUGAAAUGGCCAUUGAUAAAUUACCCAGCAGCAUGUCCGAUGAUCAACCUCUAUCUAUGUGGUUUGAAGGAAUGCACUCUCCAGCAGUUGAUGGUUCAAGAGUUUCCACUGCUAGGACUGUCCAACAUACUGAGGCAAUCAAGAGAGACAGAGAAAUUGCAAUCCAGUCUCCUGCAGUUGAUGCCAAUGGUGACAAUGUGCCAGAUGAAAGUCGAAGCUUGCCUUUUGUGAAGACCUUUCCACUUUGGGAAACAAUUGAAACUAUGGAAGUGUUCCGAGCGAUGCCGCAAAAGCCACAUUUCCGUCCUCUAGAUAGUUGUAAACAGAGUUCUCGUGAAGGUUUAGCUAUAGUUAGUAUGGUAACCUUUUCCAGUGUGGUAAAGAAAACCUUUGAUUUGCAUUUUGAUGAUCCUAGAAGCGUCAUUGAGGAUAGUCUGGACAGUCUUCUUGACUUGGAAAGUCAUGGAUUUGAUGUGAAGAUGGUAAGAGAUCGUUUAACUGGGUUGCUAUUGUUAAAAGAUAAGCAGGAACAACUUCAAGAGUAGACAACAGAACUCAAAACUCGGAUUAUGGAGCAUAGUCAUCAGAAAAGCAAAAUUGAUGAAGAGAUCGAUGAAAUUGAUAAGCAGAUUAGGGAGUUACAAGAAAAACGUGCAUUGGUUGUGCCAUUGAAUGAGAUUAAGGAUUCUGAGAUUGCCUCUUUGCAAUCAAGGGUGGAAGACAUUACUGAAGACAUUAAGAGCGUGAAGCUUGAUUUUGAAGGCCUAGCUGCCGCCCCAUGGUAAGUGGCUUAUUUUGAUGUGCUCCGUUUUGGAUUCUAAUGUUAGUUGACUGCUGGAUAUAAGUAGCUGUUGGAGCACUAGUUAACUUGUAUGCUGAUUGUUCUGUACUUGUAUGUACUGAUGGUGAUGAAAGUCUCAACUUUUAUCAUAAUGGUUGUAUUUUACUAGAUAGACUUAUGCUAGGGACUAUUUGCAAAACUUUUAUCUGAAACAUGUUGCUUUUA